AUGCAGCAGCAGCAGCAGCAGCAGCAGUUGCAGCAGUUGCAGCAGCUGCAGCAGGAGCAGCACGAGAAGUUAUAUAUAAUUGUCAAAGGCAUCUGCAACAGAAGCAGCAGCAACAGCAGCAACACCAGCAGCAGUUCUGCAUGCUCUUUGCUGCUGCUGUGUUUUUUUGCUGCAGCACUUUCCUUGCGGCAGCCGCCCUUCCCCCUUACUGUUGCUGCGCUGCACCACCUCAGCAGCAGCAGCAGCAGCAGCAGCAGCAGCAGCAGGAGCGGACUAUGGAGCGGCUGCACUGCAGAGGCGGUGCUGGUUCAGCAGCAGUUGCUGCUGGUGCUCAUGGGGGGCCGGCCUCUGCAGCAGCUGCUGCAGCGGCACAUCUGCACUUUGCCUGCAGCAGCAGCAGCGGCUGCAGCAGCAGCAGCUGCUGCUGCCCCUGCAGCAGCAGCAGCCGACUUUGUGGCGGCGGCAGCUACUGCUAGCGAGCUGCUGCUGCAGGCGGACUCAACUUAUGCUUUGCUGCUGCAGCAAGCAGGCGCGCUUUGUGCACUGCUGCAGCAGCAGCAACAGCAGCUGCAGCAGCUACAGCAGCAACAAGCUGAACAGCAGCAGCAUCAGGAUGCGGCAGCAGCGUUGCUGCUGCUGCUGCAGCUGCUGCCUAAUUGGGCUGCGCCAAGGGAGCCCCCAUCUCUGCUGCUUCGUCGCCAGGAGCUCCAGCUUUGCUCAGGGCUGCAUGCGCUGUUAUUUCCAGAAGCAGCAGCUGCUGCUGCUGCAGCAGCCGCUGCUCCUGCUGCUGAAGCGGGUGGCGCAUCCGGCUGCAGCAGCGGCUGCCAGCAGCUGCUGCCUCCUUCGCUGCUGCAGCAGCUACGUCAACAGCUGGCGGCGCUGCUGCCUUUGUUCCUUCAUAUUUCAGACUCCAGCAACAGCAGCAGCAGCAGCAGCAGGGUGUGCGACAAGGCAACAGCAGAACAACUGCAGCAAUUUGCUGCUGCUUGGUGGGGGGCUUCAGCAGAGUUAUCGGACAUCAAGCUCACACAUGUAUGA